AGACAGCAGGUCAUUUAGGAAAACGCUGUGUGGAUUUAGGACCUUGAGGAUGCCAGAUGUUACCAGGGCGCCAGCAGCAGACUACAGUUGCACAGACCUGCCGACAGAAGCGCGAUAAAGCAGCAGCAGCGCAGAAAAGUUGAGCCAGUCGAACCAGAUUGUGCGUCCUGACGCACCGGUGGAGCAACAACAGCGAUGGGAGCCUCGCAGACGCACUCCGAGUACCAAUACCUGGCGGAUAAAACUGGAUUUUCACUUGAGCAGAUUAAAAACCUUCACAAGAGAUUCCAACAGCUGAGUGGAAAUGAAGAUACAAUAAGUAAAGAAAACUUGGACAGCAUACCAGCCCUUGCCAAUAAUCCAAUCAGAAAGCAAAUUAUUGAUGCAUUCUUUGAUAAAAGGAACCAGCAUCAGGAAGAGGUGGGCUCCUUUGAGGAGAUCGGCUUCGAGCAGUUCCUCAUGGUCAUGUCCCACUUCCGACCUCCAACCUUGAAGACGACGGAGGAGGAGAAGGAGGCUUUGAGAAAAGAGAAGCUUCGGUUUCUGUUUAACAUGCAUGACACAGACAACGAUGGCGUCAUCACUCUAGAGGAGUACAGGAAGGUUGUAGAGGAGCUUCUGUCAAAAAGCGGCGCCAUCGGGCAGGAAGCUGCCAAGGCGAUAGCAGAUGCUGCCAUGUUGGAAGUGGCAAGCACAAAUGUGCCCCACAUGGCGCCAGAUGAUUUCUACGAAGGAAUUACGUUUGAGCAUUUUGAACAGAUUCUUAAAGGGCUUGAAAUGGAGUCCAGGAUGCACAUUCGCUUUUUGGAUGUAGACACAACAACAAUGCGUUGUGGGAAAUCGACCUCUUGAAGGAGUUCCUGUGAAGAAAUGUUUAUGUUGCUGCUGUUUUUAGCAGAACUUGUCCUUAAAUGGAAUGAAGCCAAACACUUCAGAUAUGCACUAAAAUAUUUUCAGAUGGAGGGGAAUGAUUAUAGACCUACGAAACACUGUAAUUGUACAUUUUUAUAACAUUUGUAAUGUCUGCCUGCCGCUCAUGCAGAAAAAGGUUAUCAUUUACUUCUACUGUUCACUUUUUAAACCUGAAGAAUUCAGUUUCGGAAAGUCAGUUUAAUAUGAAGGCAUUGUGAUCGAACAAGUUGCAAGUGUCGCAUAUUUCAAAGAGAUUUAGUUCUAUUCUAACUCCUGUUAAUUUAAUUUAAUCAGCUUUUAAACUAACACACUACCUCUUCUGCAUUCUCCUGCUGUUUUAUAAAUCUUCAUGUAACCAGCAUGUACAGUAACAUGAUGUAAUCUUACUCAAGUCCUUUUGACUUCACAAUUCAGAUGAAGUCGGUCAUGCUCAGUGGCUGCUCUGGCAUUCAUGGGUAUGUUAUGGCUAUCAUCGGAUCACAUACCAUUCCUCUGCAGCUCCAGAAUAGUCACAGCUUUCUGUUUCUCCGAGACGUUGUGUAACCAACUACAGCUGGUGCUGGUGAACACCAACACUUUCCCUAAUUUGAAUUAUUACAGACUUUGCAUUGAAUUGUAAAAUAAAUUUCAGACAUUAUGAUAAAA